AUGUUCUUGCCCCAGCGGACUGGCAUGGAUGUUAGGCUGGUGAUUUCAGACCAAUUCAUCAAUUUGUCUCCCGUCGGAAAAGCCCCUUGCUGGCAGACCAAGUAUUCAAGGGUACAAAAUUGUUUGAGCAAUUGGGAUAGCGGUGUCGCCGCCAAGUUGGAAAAGCUGGUCCGGAUGAUCAAGAACCGUCUGCGGAUCGAGCAGAAAGUGUUUGAGGGCAGGAAACAGACCAAACAGAGCCGGGAGCCCCUCAUCCCCAGUAGCACCUCUCAGCCCGCCCAAGCUGCACUCGGGACUGUGACCGGCUUCCUUGGCACCGCUCCGGGACCCUUCGCAACCGAAACUGACUUGAGUAGCUCCGCCUCUUAG